CUGCACUAACUCCGUGGGCUGCAGAGCGGGUAGCGCACCUCACGCAUGCGUCUUCGUGCGUCUGUUCGGGUGAACUGCGAAGAGGGGGAAGGCAGAUUCCUGCAUCAUCCAUGGAUUUGAUGUGAGUGGAUUUGGCGCAUCAAGGGAACGGGGUGAAAUCGAAUUGGUAUUUACACGAUAGUGUUGGCCUAAACCCGAGAAGAGCAGAGGUAGCGAAAGAGGGGAACGCAGGAAACGCAACUUUGCGAAAUAUACUUUGCAAAGUUUUGACAGGACCAUCCCGAAGCAACCAGCUAGCUGUCGAGAGCCCCCGCUUUUCUUUCAAUCCACUGAAUUGUAGCAAAUGCUAUUGUAAUGGUAAAAUGCACUCGGAAGAAGAAAAAAGGCUGAUAAGCGAUCAAAAGUGAAGGCUUCCACCGGAUCGUGGUCACUGAACUUCGGCAGCCUGGAAAGUAGUUUUGUGCCUUUAUUCUUCCUACCCGAUCGCUUUAUUCCAACAUCACUUGUUGAUAGUUGGACGAACAUUGAGGUAACUGUCGGAAGCAAAAUGUAAAAUCUUAUUUUGUUGGGGUUUCCGUCUGAACUCCUUGGAUAAUGCGUGGAAAUGUAUUUUCACUUCAAAUUAGAGAUUCCUGUUUUGGCAUCAGUGGAUCUGAAAAAGAAGAAACGGAAAACGAAAACAGGACCAUUAGUUUAUCAUUUUCUACACAAGAGACUUGGUUGACUGAAUAGGAAUCCCUACCAGUUCAGUCCAUUUUUCUCUCGUUGAGGACUAUGGAGAGGAACUGCUCAAGCUUCAGCACAGUGUUACAUAGAGGAAGAUUAAUCUAUGUGGAGGCACGUCUCCAGGGUGGAGCUCCCUGGGGCUUCACACUCAAAGGUGGCCUUGAACAUGGGGAAACAUUAAUCAUCUCUAAGGUGGAGGAGGGCGGGAAGGCGGAUCUGUUAGAGCACCCCCUGCAGGUCGGGGAUCAAGUGGUCAACAUUAACGAGGUGGAGCUGAGUGGAUCCAGACAGGAGGCCAUCUCUCUGGUUAAGGGUUCCUACAAGACCCUCCGGCUCACAGUCUGCAGAGAGAGCUGCCUGGACCCGUGCUGCAGCGAGCCAGACGCCCCGCCCUCUCUCAGCCCGCCUUACAGCCACGGACACCCCCGGGAGAGCCGAGGAUGUCCCGGUGGAGUUAAGCUUCGCAUCAAGACCAGACGGAGCGAGCCGGCAUCACGGCCCCACUCGUGGCACUCCACCAAACUCGGGGAGGGCCAGCCGGAGUCCAGCAUGAUGCAGAUAUCCCAGGGCACCAUGGGUACUCCCUGGCACCAGACCUACCAUUCCAGCGCCUCCACCACUGACCUCUCGAGCUACGACCCUGGAUACCUGCGGAAGAGUCCGGAUCAGUACAGCUCACGGGGCAGCAUGGAGAGCCUGGACCACGGCCACCCGGCCUACAGCUCCUGCCAGCAGCUGUCCCCGUCCAAGUCCUCCGGCAGCAUCGACCACCUGCACAGCAAGAGGGACUCGGCGUACAGCUCCUUCUCCACCAGCUCCAGCGUGCCGGACUGCCCCGCCGCGGCCGGCCUGCCCAUGGGGAAGGAGCGCUCCUACUCCAUGGACAGCAUGCUGGCCCCUCAGCAGCGGGGCCCGGAGGGCCCGCGGCAGGCCGACAUCCGCUACGUGCGCACCGUCUACGACGCCCAGCAGGGCAUCUCCGAGGAGCACGAGGUCAGCGCGGCGGGCCUCCUGCGGGCCGGCGAGAGCCGGGCGCAUCCCGAGGCCCACGGUGGCGGCGGCCAUCGCAGCGGCAGCAGUGGCAGCAGCAGCGGCAGCGGCAGCAGCGGUGGCGGGAAUCCCGCGUCCAACCGCCACAGCGUGGGGCCCGUGUGGGGCGCCUCGCGCCAGCACAAUUCCUACGAGAGCCUGAAGGGGGCGCCACCGCCGCCCCAGCGGAGCGACAGCUACGCUGCUAUCAGGAACCACGAGAGGCCCAGCUCGUGGUCCAGCCUGGAGCAGGCCCGGGCCACGCGGAGCCUGUACAAGGGCUCCUGGCACCACUCCAGCGGCUCUGUGGCUGGGGGGAAGCCUCUGUUCGCCACCGAGGGGCAGCAGCUGCACACGCUGGAGGAGAAGAGCCCCGAAAGCAGCCCCACCACCAGACCCAGACAGGGCCUCCCGCAGGCCCCGCCCACGGGCCGCCUCAUGCUGCCCACCGGUAUUUAUCACGUACCCCCACCGGAGCCCCACUUCGCCCAAGCACCCGCCUCCUGCCCCAACUCCAGCAGUGUGUACCCAGCGUUGGCUAAAGAGAGCAGGGGCAACUACCCUAGCGACCGGAGCACGGGGGUGGGCAGAGACAGUCCGGCGGUGGAGAACGGAUACCAAAGCAGCACUUCCUCCUCCGCUGGCCAGCCCCCCUGCGUUCCCCAACCAAAAUCUCCGUCCCAGCAGACAGACAGGCAGCAGGAGGAGCCGCAGGCUGGCUGCAGCCUCUACAGGCCUCACUUUAAGCCUUGGGCAGAAUCGCACAGCGUGUCCCACAUGCAGGCCGAAGAGUGCGGCUUCAGGAGGGACCCCUACACCCCUGUUCAGCCGAGGGGAGAAAGGCAGAGGCAUCUCCAGAGCCCCGAGAACAUGGAGAGGUGCAGGCAGACGCGGAGCGAGGAGUCGAUGGUGCCCGCUGAGCGGAGCGGUCACGCGGAGACCGCUCAUUCGCUGAAUAACGCUGCGUGUCCCGAGCGCCGGUCCAGCCUGGGAGGCCACAGAGACGCCGGCGCCCAGAACGCCCGCGGAAACGGCGGCAGCGCUCCUCCUGCCCAGCUGAGUGAGCAUGGGAGCCGGGCCGCGCCGAAUCACCACGGCAACCCCGCCCCCCUGCAGCAGGAGCACCCUCUGACCCGGCUGGAGAACGCGCUGGCGGAGGUGCAGAAGGCCGCGGGCCCGGAGCGGAGGGCCAGCCAGUGCAGCUCCCAGGGGGGCCCGAGGGAGGAGGCGCCCCCGGGCCGCGUCUCCGUGCUGGAGAAGGUGAGCCGCUUCGAGCAGCAGCACAGGCAGGGGAAACUGCGCUGCCAGAGCGCCGGCCACGUGGACUGCGCCCCCCAGCUGAGCCUGGAGCCCAGGGCCAAGAGCUCCAAAGUGCCGCCCCACCUGCGCACGCAGAGCUACAGCGCCGUGCCCGAGGACUGCGGCCAGCUGCCGUCCAUGGAGAGGCGGCGGAGCACGGAGCACCACCUGCCCCGGAGCUCCCGGGGCGCGGACAGGGCCCUGCAGAGGAGCAAGAGCACCUUCCACCUGGCCGAGGACGACGAGAGGAAGGACUUCCCCUGGAGGGAAGGCCUGCAGGACAUCCUGGGCACCAUCCAGGACACGUCCUUCAACACGGCCUACAGGGACAGCAUCAAGGGCGCUCAGUCCAAGGUGCUUCGCUCAACGUCCUUCCGACGGAAAGACUUGAGCGUGGAGCAGCACACUCCCAGCAAGCACCUGUCCCUUGAGAGGAAGGGCCCCAAGACUUUGCCCAAACCGCACACCCCAAAGGAGAGGCACGUCGUGACCCCGGAGCUCGAUGGAAUGGCCCCUCCGGCGCUGCCCAGCGUCCCGCCGGUCGGCCCCCCCGCCGUCCGGAUCGGGGGGCGCAAACGUCUGACCCUGGAGCAGAAGAAGCGCUGUUACUCGGAGCCGGAGAAGAUGAAUGAGGUGGGCGUGUCAGAAGGUGACAGCUGCUUGAGCCCCUAUGGAAAGGGCCCAGACCAGCUCCACCUCCCUGAGACCAGCGUGGCCAACAGACGCAGGCUCUUUGAACUGGCAGCCCACAGAAGUGCUGGCCCUGGCCCCAACCCCGGCCCUGGCCCCCGCCCUGGCCCCGGCCCCGCCCUGGCCUCUUCCUCCUCCCGUUCAGACUUGAAGCAGCUCCAGCAGGACGCCUUGGCCGAGUACAUGGAGCGGAAAACGGGCCGUCGGAUGGCCAGGAGCCAGCGCCCUCAGAGUGCCUACCUGCAGCCCCUCUCCUACUCCUCCGACUCCCAGAGCCUGUCCUCCACCUCCAGCCUGGUCUCCCUGCAGGAGCCGGAGCUCCAGGAGGCUUCAUGCUCCAGCGGCCAUCACAAGGGGAGCCGGGUGUCCUCCACUCUGCCCCCCGGGGUGCAGGGCUUCUUAUACCCCAGCGGGAACCCCGCGCGGCCUCCGUCCUCCACCGAGUCCACCUCGUCCUCCUCCUCCGCCCACAAGCCUCGGGGAAGGCCACAGAGAUUCUUCAGCCUGGAGCAGGAGCUAGAUAGACCUGCCCUGGUCACCCACGCCCAACCUCCACAGGGCCUCUGGUUCUCUCAGCACUGCGACACGGCCUUCGAGAGGGCUGCCCCAGCACGGAACUCUGGGAAAUCUGCCUCGGCGGAGGACUUGCUGGAUCGCUCUGAGGAGAUCGCAGUUCCUCAGCACUUCAGAUCUCGAUCCUCGCCAUCUGUUGAGAAGCUCAAUCAGGAUGUAAUGACAGGAGACUACAGACUGCACACAAUGUUUUCCAAGGGGCCUGCGCCGUCCAUCCCCACUGAAAGCAGGCCUGUGGAGAGUGCAGCACCCUCCCUACGAGUGGAAAGAUACCUUUCAAACCUGGGUCCCACGCAGCUGAAGACCCCCGUCACCAGGAGAGAGAAGCAGAGGCUUUCUGAACGCCAGCGGGCGCACAGCAUGUCGGGCCUGGCUGCUUCCGUGGGCCUGCCCUGCCCCUUCUCCUCCCCGGGACACCCCGACUCGCGGUCCAGCGACAUGCUGUGCCCGGCCUCCCUGGAGGUCCUCACCCAGAGCCUGCUGCCCGCCGCGGGGCCGGCCGACUCGCCCCGCGCCCAAACCCGGCAGGGCCCGCCGGGCGCGGCCAGGAAGAGCUCCUCGGACAGCGGCACCUCGGAGGAGACGCUGAAGGACGUCCCGAGGGAGGAGCACGGGGCUCAGGCACCUCCUGCUCUGAGGGCGGCCAGGUCCCCGUCCUCCGGGGGCGACCAGAAGAGCCCGCCCGCCUUUCACCAAGACCCGCCGUCCGCAGCACCUCACAGCUGCUGGUCACCGGGGGAGAGCCCCGUCUCCGCCCCUGCCACGCCCCUGCCCUUCCUGCGCAUCUCGGAGUCCAGCAUCCAUUUCACCUCCUCCUCCUCGCAGCCUCUGGAGGAUGAGGUGUUCCUCCAGGAGCCGGCCCUGCCGCCCCCGCCUCCACCCUCCUCGCCUCCACCUCCACUGCCCGUCUGGGAAGCGGACAACGCCGAGGACUUCCCCCCGCCUCCUCCCCCACCCCUGCUCCUGCCCCCCAUCACAGCUGAACAGCAGGACUACGUGGAGAUGCCCCAGUCUCCUAGACCAGAGCAUCUACUGAGCACGUACGCCCAGGACCAUUCACCUGUCAACAGAGGGACAGUGUCUCCCUUACACUCGCCCCCACCGGUGACCUCUGACCUCCUGCCAACUGCUGCUGUGUUCGGUCUGGGCACAGAGGCCAAGACCCCGUCUCCCGUGGGCGUCUCAGAGACAGAGGCCACCCGGGAGGCACAGGAAAGCCUGGAGCUAGAGUAUCCUGUGCUGUCCAGGAGAGAGAGGUCAGCGGAGGAGCUGAGGGCGGAGGCAUUGGCCAGGGAGCUGGUGUCCAGGGACAAGUCCCUGACUCCCAUCCUGGACACCUGGGCUGUGCAAAAAGCCAUGGAACUGAUGGAGGACGUCUUUCCCGCCAUUGUGCUUCCAAGGCAACGGAGGAGGAGCAGCAGCCGAUUGGAGGACAGCAGAAGGCAGGGCAGAGUUCUCGCUGCUGAGGAAAGACCACUGCAGAGGGAAGAUGGCCCCCAAGCAGAGAUGGAGACAGACCUGGACGAAGUGGAAGUGGACCUUGACCAAAAGAAGGUGGAGCUGGUGAAGGCCCUGUCCCAGAGCGUGGCCGUGCUGCGGGGGGAGAGGGAGGGGCUGGCGGAGGAGCAGAAGAGGUUCAGCGCUCUGAGCGCCCGCGUGGAGGCGCUGGUGCAGGAGCUCUGCAAGGCCAACGAGUACGACAAGUACCGCAUGUUCAUCGGGGACCUGGAGAAGAUGGUCAACCUGCUGCUGUCGCUGUGCGGGCAGCUGGCCCGUGUGGAGAACGCCCUCACCGCCCUGGAGGGCGAGGAGACCGAGGACGGCGCCGAGGAGAGGGAGACCCUGCAGAACAGGCGGCGGAAGCUCUGCGGUCAGCACGAGGACGCCCGGGAGCUGAAGGAGAACCUGGACCGGCGGGAGCGCCUGGUCCUGGACAUCCUGGGCGGGUACCUGACCGCGCCCCAGCUGCGCGAGUACCGGCGCUUCGUCCUGGUGAAGCCGGCGCUGAUGAUUCGACAGCGCCACCUGGACGAACUCAUCCGGCAGGGGGAGGAGCAGCUGCACAGGCUGGGCGAAGACCUGCAUCCCGAGGGCCAGGCCCAGGUUGCCAGCCCUGCCCCCUGCCCCUCCCCCCCUCCUCCCCGCUCUCCUGCGGUGACCUCCCUCUGACCCCAGCUCAGACUGCUGCUCACAAAGACUGCUGAAGAAUAUACUUGAACUGACACCUCUUCCCCCUGCUGGACUGCACACACUCCUUGGUCGGACACCUUCUCCCUCCAGCAGAAGGGGAAUAUGCUUUAUAUUGAAGGAUGAUGUCACCCGCUUAGUCAUUCUGAAGGACCCUCACACCAGAUCCACACACCAAUGACUGGUAGCAGACAUUGAAUGACAAUAUAUUUGUACUUAAGUCUGCUUUUAACUAUCAAACAUGCCUGCCUUUUUUCACACUUAUGAAAUGUGCUCACUCUGGCCUUAUCCUGAACAUGGAUUUUUAGAUGACUUAUAGAUCGAGGCCAAGGGGGUGAUUGAAUGUAUAAUUAAAGGGAACUGGCAUUUGGGUACCUGAAAGAUGCAUGAAGAGCCUAUGGUAUUUUUAUCAGUGGUGCUAUAAAUUUAGUGAAUGCCCCCUCACCCCACCCCCAUUUCUAAAACAACAUGAUGGGUCUGGCCAUUCGUGAAAUAAAAAAAAUUGGCCGGAAACAAGAGGUAAUGUAUAUCUACAUUCAGAGAAGGUAAGAAAGGCCAUAGCGUACACAAUAUGCUUUUAUAUUUUGCCACAUUUGCACACAAAUGUUGCAUGAGAUAUAUAAGCACUCUACGUGAUGCUUUUAGGGUAUCGUUACAGCCCAACAACCUGCAGUAGAUUUAAUAUGGCCAAAUGACUGCUCUGCAGUAUUAAGCACCUACUGAUGGUUUUUUAUUUUUUCUUGUGCACAGCGUUUGUGGAGACAGUGUUCUAUCUGCAAUGAUAAAAGACUGUGUCCACGUUGUUUUCAGAAAAGCACUGUUUGCUAAAUCCUCUCAACACCCUUUUCAUUUUUAUCAGCACAGAUAUUAAUAGCACUGGACCGAAAUGGCACUUGUUCCGGGCGGCUACUCAGUUGUAGGCUCAGCGCCAUUGCAUUCUGUCAUAUGAAGACUACAUCCUAGAAAAACCACUUAAACUUUGGAUAUUUGUCAUGUACACUAAAACAAAGUUCAGUAUAGCUCCCACGUGAUCCAAGGACCACAGCAAUGAUUAUUUAUAUAUAUUUUAUGUAAGUGGCUGUACAUAUGGUGUGCUAACCUCUCUUCUACAAAUUGCUAUUAUGUAGUUGACUUUUUUAUGACAGGAUGUUUUUGAACGUACGUGAAAUGUCAAGACAUGCAUUACUUUCAAGAAAGAAGGAAAUUAGGAUUUUUGUCCACCAAAACAAUAAUUCCACACAUAAGGUCAUCGUGGUUAUUAAUAUUCCUGUUAGUCCAUAAGUAAGUCGCAGGAAGGAUCUGCAUGUAUGCAGUUACUGCUUAUUUCAGAUCACACAGGGCAGAUGUUAUCACAAGACAAAUACAGUACUACUGUGAGGAGAGCACAUUGUGAUAGUUCUGUGGAUUUAAUCAUGUGCCUCUAUAUUGACCAUAGGGCACUUUCCAAAUUAUUUUGCCAGUGUAAUUCAUUUUUCAUUUUAUUUUAAGAGCACCUUCUACAUCAUAUUUAAAUAUAUAAAACACCUGCAAGUGAAUAUAUUCAGCAAUAAAGGCAAAAGGUGCCAACAAUACAUUUAUUGCUUUGCGAAGCCAUUUUCGAACACCCAGAUCUUACUGUUUCUGAUCCUUAAAGUAAUCAAGGCAGAUUGGUUCAAACCUUGUUUUAUGGUCGAAGACAGUUGGAAAACAAAUAUUCAUUCUAUGAAAUAAAUCUAUUUUUAAAGAGGU